CCAAACGCAGCCUCCAUGCUGAGAAGCAGCAGGAGUGUUAUACCUCCUCCUCUGCCACUGCUGUCCCUGAGUACGAGGAUGCUGUCGCCGCCGUCGUCUUCCGCCACCUCCGAAACCACACAACCCUCUUCUCGAAACCCCAAAUCCUCAUUCCACCACCUUCCACUCUUCUCCAACUGUCACACUCUUCAAAGCAUGACGCUUUCCAAGUGCUUCUCCCACUCUGAGCCCACAAACCCCAUCCCCAUCUCGGGCAUGCCCGAAUCCGAUGGCCUUCACUCUCUUGUUGUGGUUUCCUUCUACAAGUUCGCUGAUUUCCCUGACCAUGCCCACAUGCGAAAGCCCUUGAAGCAACUCUGUCAACAACUGCGUGUUUCAGGUGGUAUUAUUCUUGCGCCUGAAGGAAUCAAUGGCAGCAUAUGUGGCACUAGGGAGUCGGUGGAGACAGUUCUUGCAUUUGUACAGAGCGAUGAUCGUCUUAAGGGGCUAAGACAAGUGGAAUCGCCUGUCAGUCCUGAGGAGGAAGCCAUCCAUCAUGGACACAGUGCCAGUUCUCCUCUUGCUGCAGGGGAAGAUGCGCCCUUCCGAUGGGAUCAUGUGAGGGUCAAGUUGAAGAAAGAGAUUGUCACUCUCGGAAUGCCUACUGUGUCACCCGUUGAAAGGGUUGGAAAGUAUGUCGGCCCAAAAGAUUGGAAUGCUUUGAUUAGUGAUCCAGAUACAGUGGUAAUUGAUGUGCGAAAUAACUAUGAAACCAGAAUAGGAAAGUUUAAGGGAGCAGUUGAUCCUUGUACUAUGUCAUUUCGUGAAUUCCCAUCUUGGGCGGAGGAACAUUUCCAGCUUACCAGAAAAGAUGGUGAGCAACCAAAAGUUGAGGUAAACAAUUCAGUCCAAAGUGCUGAAAAAGAGAGAGAGAAUCCAAAGCAACAUAUGCCACAACGUGUUGCAAUGUAUUGCACUGGAGGUAUUCGAUGUGAGAAAGCAUCAAGUCUACUUCUCAGCAAAGGAUUCAAAGAGGUUUAUCACCUGGAAGGUGGGAUUCUGAAAUAUCUUGAGGAGGUUCCAGAGACACAGAGCCUGUGGGAGGGAGAGUGCUUUGUUUUUGACAAGCGAGUCUCUGUGGAGCAUGGUUUGGUGCAAGGAAAUUUCAAGCUCUGCUAUGGUUGUAAGCAGCCUGUGAGUGAUGCUGACAUGCAAGCCCCAGAAUAUGAAUAUGGAGUCUCUUGUCCUCACUGUUUUUCACUGAAAUCAGAUGAAGAGAAAGAGAGAGCUCGUGCUCGACAAAGACAAUUUGAGAGAUGGGGAAUCAUAGGUGGUCCUGAUAAGGGUCGCAGGUCAACAUGUGACCCAGAUAGUGCUAGCCUGAAACCAAUCAAGCUUUCACAUUCUGUUUAACUAGCCAGACAAGGAAAAAUGACAAAUAUCUUUCAUAUCUGUUUCCAACAAAUGUUUGGCCUUCUCUUACUCUUGCUCCCCUCAUAAAAUGUGUUCAGAGUGCAUGAAACUAUAGAUAUUCCUUUAACUUUUAUGAUUUCUUGUCAUAGGAACCAUGUGGUGUCUCUACUGUCUAGUCUCCUGAGAAAGUUCAUCCCUUGCUGACAUUCCAUGAGUUUUGUAGCCAAUUUGUCCAAUCCAAGCUCCUCAUUUUGUUAAACAGACUCGGUAU